CCUCCCCAGACUUACAAACCCCGCCCUUGACGCGGUUCCGGGAGGCGCUGAGAGCCCGCGCCCGGGGAAGCCCCACCAGGAAACGAAAAGGACCUGGACGGAGUCAUGGGGGACCAAGUCACCUGGAAUCCCAAGCGCGAUGGAACAGCUGUGCUGGACAGAUACUCGUUCUCUCCACUAUACCUUCACCAUACCACUUGAGCCCAGUGUUGGGCAACCGUGGUGUGAUGUUCAAGAUCAGCUGGAUGCAGAUACUUUUCUUUCCUACGACUGUGAAAUGACAAUGUCAAAAAAAUGAGUGUCCUGGGGAAGAUGGUGUCUUACACAGAGCUCUGGAAAGAACAGAUUGCAAUGUUGAGUGAUGCAGGGGACUUGCUCAAGCAACAACUUCUUGACGUGAAAAAGGAAAAUUUGAUGAACAUGGGGGCAGGCUCUGUCUGCCUGCAGGUAAUGUUGACAUGUCAGAGAAAACCCGAUGGAGACAUCUAUGGAUUCUGGGAGUUUGGCCUUAAUGGACACAUAUUCCUCCUCUGCCCAGAAAUUGAAAAAUGGGAAAUGGUACAUCCCAAAACCAAAUUUCUGAAAGGAAAGUGGGAGAAAGAUGGUGAGAUGAUCCGGUUCUUAAAGAUGAUGUCCAUGGGAGACUGUAAGAAGUGGCUCAAGGCGUUUGGGGAGCACCUGGACAGAAACGAUACCAUACUGACCACAACUUGAGGCUUCAUUCUAUUUCCUGACAUUUCUUCUUACUGUUCCUACUUCUUAGUCACACUUUUAUCUAUCCUGGUCUAUUUCUGGGAAUCUCUCCAUUCCACCUCAACUGUCAACUCCUGAGAGAACUUCUUUCCUCACCUUCAUGUGUCUUUUUUUCCGUCUGUUCAAUGAAGAG